UGAGGGACGAGUGGGAGAUCAUCCCUCUUCUACGAUAAUUCUUGAAGUCUCCCUCUUGUGACUCUUGUUGUUUGAGGGCAAAGUGAGUGCUUACAGACAAGGAUAAAAAUCUCAUCACCCGUUUCCAGCAACCACAACGUGUUCACUAUGGGCUCGUCGCAUCCUGACGCUGAUAUUUAUCCAGAGGCCACGGGUCCCGCAGCGCACAUCGUGGCAGAACACCAGAAAGAUGCAGCAAUAACUCUCUACUCGGGCUGGUUCUGCCCAUUUGUCCAGCGAACCUGGAUAACGCUGGAGGAGAAAAUGAUACCAUAUAAAUACGUAGAGAUCAACCCAUACAACAAGGAGCCAAGCUUCCUCAAACUCAAUCCACGAGGACUCGUCCCUACUUUAGGUGCUCCUACGAAGGACGGAUCUGUCAAGCCUCUCAUAGAGUCCAACAUCAUCUCGGAGUAUCUCGAUUGGGCCUACCCAAAAUCUGGGCCAAAGUUGUUCCCGGACGACCCUUUCGAAAAUGCGCAUAUGAAGAUCUGGGUCGAUCAUAUCACCACCAGAAUUCUUCCAUCGUACCAUAGGUUUCUUCAAUGGACCGAGAAGAGUCCUUACAGCUUCGAAAAGGCAAAGACUGAAUUCUUGGGAGCUCUGAAGACCUGGAUCCAGCAGGCAGAUUCUCAAGGACCCUACUUCCUGGGUAAGAAUAUAAGCUAUGCCGAUGUCGCUCUGGCACCAUGGGCUCUUCGUAUGUGGGUCCUUGAUCAUUUCAAAGGGGGGUCUGGCAUUCCGGAACCAGGGCAAGGUGGCGAAGAUCAAUCUGCGUGGGAUCGUUGGCACAAAUGGGUUGCAGCAAUCCAAUCAAGGAAGUCGAUGACGGAAACUCUAAGCGACCGUGAGAAGUAUAUGCCCAUAUAUCAACGAUAUGCAGAGGACCGAGCUCAAUCCGAGAUGGCUAAGGCCACAAGAGAAGGAAGGGGUGUGCCAUGAAGUAUCAGCAUAUAGGGCUUUGGUGCGUUGAAAUUGUCGCGGUAUUGAUACCAUCUAUCUAGAUAGCUGUCCAAUGUAACUCGUUGUACUUCUUCGACAA